CAGAAACAGAGAGGAAGAGAGAGAAAAACAGAGAGUUUUUAGAGAGAGAAACUUUUCCGAUGGGAAAUCACAAGUUCCACCUAUUGGAUAUGAUUCCGAACUCCUGGUUAUACAAGCUACGAGAAAUGGGCGGCGGCGGAAGAGGAAAAUCUUCGAACAACCAAUCAUCUUUAGAUUCUAAGAAAAAGCACCGGCAGCCACCGCCGCCGUCAAAAAAAAAACAGCCGGAAAUGCCCCCGCCGCCACCGCUGCCGCAGUCUCGUUCGAGAAAAUCUUACUAUUUCACUAGAGAGCUUGAAUCCAACGAUGGGUUAGGCAAUAAUUCCCCUCCGCCGUCGCCGCCGGUGCCUCCACCGCUGAGAAAGUCAUCAAAACAGCAGAACCCCGGAAGAAGACGAACUAGUUCCCGGUUGUCGGCGGGGAAAGUCGUCAACUCAUCCUCCGUCGGCUGCAGCUGCCGCACUACGACGGAGUCCAUCUCAACCAAAUCAAAUUCUCCACCGGAAUUCUCCACGUCACCCUCCGACACUUCCCCUGUACCCAAACCCAAAUUCCAAACCGACAAAAUCCCCGCCGCCAAAUCCCAAUUCUUCGAUCGCGACAUCGUAAUCGACGUGUCGUCGAAGUAUCCCGACAAUGUCAUCAUCGGCUCCUUCGAUUCCCUGUCGGAACUGGACCUCCCGCCGAUCAUUACAAACCACAAAAAGAAACACACAAAACAGAGGACAACACCGGGAGCGACAACGGCAGCAAGUCCGACAAAGAAAUUUGCAGCGAAUUCCCCCGGCGUACGGCUCCGAAUUCACUCCCCCAAAAUCGGACACCGGAAAAUCGGCAGCCGGAAAAGCACGUCGUCACGGCGGAGCCUUUCCGACAGCCUGGCGGUGAUGAAAUCAUCAUACGAUCCACAAAAGGACUUCAGAGAAUCAAUGGUGGAGAUGAUCGUGGAGAACAACAUUAGAGGUUCGAAGGAUUUGGAAGAUCUUCUUGCAUGUUAUCUCUGCUUGAACGCCGAUGAAUAUCACGAUCUUAUAAUCAACGUGUUCAAGCAGAUCUGGUUUGAUCUUACGGACCCUGUUUGAAUUUUUCAUACUCAAAUUCCAAAACCCAUCUCAAUUUCUUGUACAGUUCUUCAAUCCAAUUCAAAACACAUUUUAAUAGAACUUUUAGUUUAAUCUUUUAA